AUGACCUCGUCCGACGAGUUACCACCCCAGACGGUGCACCAGCUCCGUGAGUACACACCGCCGCCAGGCCCCGAGCGGUUUUACGAAAACUACGCCGAGGACGUGCCCAUCGCCCUUGACCUCGGCACCCUGAGCUACCGGGUGGGGCUCACCAACGCCGACGACCCCAACAACGUGUUCCCGCCGUUGAUCCUGAAAUAUCGGGAUCGGAAGCUUCAGAAGUCGCUUACCAUCAUUGGGAAUGACGUGUUGACGGAUUACCAAACGCUACGGCUGUCACUGAAGACCCCCUACGAUGGGCCCCUCAUCACCAACUGGGAACAGUUUGAGAACAUUAUCGACUAUCUGUUCGAGUAUUUGGGGGUGAAGAGCACGAACGGCAACGUGCCUAACCCAGUCAUCCUUACUGAACCGGUGUGCUGUCCCUUCGCCCAGAGAAAACAGAUGUACGAAACGAUGUUCGAGGUGUACCAGGUGCCCAAGCUUGCAUUGGGGAUCGAUCACUUGUUUUCAUAUUACGAAAACUCUCUGGGACGAUCUACGGGUCUUGUCAUUGGUAUGGGCAAUGAAGCGACCCAUUUAAUCCCUGUGGUUGCCGGUAAAGGUAUAUUGAGUCAAACGAAACGGAUUGACUUUGGUGGUAAUACUGCUUCGAACUUCUUGGGUAAACUACUUGCCCUCAAAUACCCCUAUUUCCCUCAAAAGCUUACAUCAAACCAUACCAUGGAGUUGUUCAAAGAUUGGUGCUACGUUUCUCCUGAUUACCAAAAUGAGCUCAAAACAUUCUUGGAUAUGCCUGAAUUGGAAAAGAAAGAUAUUGUCAUUCAGUAUCCAGUGGAUGUACUGCAGUUUCAGGAACGGAAAAAGAGUGAUGAGUUUUUGGCUAAACAAGCUGAACGUCGUCGCGAACAGGGGCGCAGAUUACAAGAACAGACCAGGAUCAAGCGUCAGGAGAAACUUGAGCAAAAGCAACAAGAACUUGAUUACUAUACUAAGCUUAAGGAGGACAACGCCCACCUCACUGAAGAAGAGUUUUUGGCGGUAGUUCAAGAGAACGAGUUUGAGUCGAUCCUGGAAUUUCGCAAAUACGUGGCCAACCUCGAAAAGACUUUGAAAAAGUCGAACAACGGUGAAGAAGAUGAAGACGAGCCGGUGGAUCCCGCGACGGCGUGGCCGUUGGUUGAUAUUCCUGAUGACCAAUUGACUCCCGACCAAGUGAAGGAUAAACGCAAGCAGCGUCUCGCCAAGGGUAACUGGGAAGCUCGCGAGAAACUCAAGCAAGCCAAACUUGAAGAGCAAGCCAAGAAAGAACAAUAUGAGCGAGAACAGCGCGAGUGGCGUGAGCGGGACUUGGAAGACUACACCACCACUAAACGUCUUCAGCUUGCCGAAUUGAUCAAGAAGCAUAAGGAGGUGAGUAAGAUUUUGGAGCUGAUGAAAGACCGGAAGCUGGCUGCGGCGCAAUUGCGGAUGCGUAACCUUACUGAAUUGGCUCAAAAUGCUCUGGGCCAGACAGCUGCUCUGCGGAAACGACGGAAGAAUGCUAACGUGACUGUGGAUAACGAUCCCAACGACACUUUCGGUGCUAAUGACGAUGACUGGGCCGUGUACCGUGAUGUCACCAAUGCUCUGCUUGAGGAAGAGCAAGCGCAACUCAAUAAUGAUAUUGUCGCUAUUGAAGCUGACUUACUAGAACACGACCCUCUGUUCACUAAAGCUGACACGUUUGCGGCAUCAUUGUCAUUUGACUGGAAGGAGCUGGUGCUUCAUAAAUUCAUUCAUGGGCCUCGUCCUAAUGUAAUGUUCAAGCUCCAAGCUGAAGGUCUUCCUGAGGACGAAAUUGCUUCUCACCCUGACAUGGUGACGAAGAACCACCAAAUGCACCUUAAUAUCGAGCGUAUUCGGGUUCCAGAGAUUCUCUUCCAACCGCAUAUGGCAGGUUUGGACCAAGCAGGUGUGACGGAGGUGGCGUCUGACUUAUUCCAUCGUCGCUUAGAUGGGAACUUCUCCCCUGGUGGUGAGUCUUACGCCAUGAUUCAGGAUGUGUUCUUGACUGGGGGGCUUUGUCACUUGCCCAACAUCACUGAUAGAGUCCAACUGGAGUUGACAGCAGUGCUCCCUCAAGGUGCCCCACUUCAUGUUCGCCAGGCACGUAAUUGUGACCUUGACCCGUGGAGAGGUAUGCGCAAAUGGGCCAAUCUGGAAGACUCGAAAAAUGGCUACAUUACUCGCAAAGAGUAUGAUGAGCUUGGUCCUGAAUACAUCAAGGAACACAAUUUGGGUAACGUGAUGAUGCGUUGA